AUGUUCCAGGAGUUACCAUGGCUCACCUGGACAGACGCCGACUUGGCUGAUUUCGAUCCCGAUGAGAGUCGCGACCCCGUGAGCCAAGUCUCCGCAGCUGCCGAAGGCCUCCAUGGUCCAACGGCAGUGCACCUGGCUGCACAUCGUGCCCGCGAUGCGGUGCAUGUGACAACGUCCGAGCCCGGACAACGGCUGCUGCUGGGUGUCCAGACAGGACAGAGGGUCCUUCUGUUGGACAAAGAUCAUCCAGCAGUGUCGGCCCCGAGUGGCAUCAAGGUGGCUGUCCUUUGGGCGGUGAAGCCCGACGAUUUGCUCACCCAGUUGCCCAAGCACUUUGCCUUUGGAGAGCUCUUGGGACAGGGGCAGUUCUCAAAAGUGCUGGAGGUCACCGAGUGUGCCACUGGCCGUCGCUGUGUGGCCAAGACGCGCCUGAAGACGGACACGGCGGCGGCGGAGUUGUGGCAUGAGGCUAUGGCACUGAAGAUCUUGCAGAAGAGCUCGGUGUUUCCGGAGCCUGGCCGUGUCGAACGGGCGCUCGUCGAGGUCUUCCCUAGCUCUCCCAAACGUGACCGUUUGGGACUGCCAGUCCGGACUGCCGAUCAGGCCAGGGAUGGUGCCAGGGGGGUCAAUGUAGGCAUAGAGUGUCUGGGUAUGUGUGAAUCCCCGUCUGUUCCUUUUUCCGGUGACCCGGUGGAGAAAGAUGCAGGAGAACUGGAGAGUUUACGAACGGAAGGAUGCAAAAGCGGAUGUUCAAAAGAAGUGGGAGCUGAGUUGAAAUUCUUGUGUUGA